GUUACGCCAUUUACAGUGCCCUUCAAACUGAACAUGUUUUCUCACUUCGGGUCGGAAUCUCACUGAAAUGACGCGCGUCCCAGCCAUCGUGCAUCAGUUUUGGAGUCCCCUGGAAAUACUUGUGCUGUCGUCUGUGGCACUUUCAGCGUGUUUCUGUGUUUGUUUGUAUUUUGCGAGUAUUUGCAGGACAUGUGUCACCAAACUAAUGAAGAUGCUUUCUGAAUGUGCUUGUGUUUUUUCUUCUGUUGCAGCGCCGUGAUACCUAGCGGCUUCCGUAAUAUCCCGAAACCAUCGUUCAAAUCGCAAUUAGCAUUACAAAGUUGCGUGGUAGAACAUCAGUCAAUUGUGCUGAUAUUAGGAAUCACUAUAUUAGAUGUCGUUCUGCAUUGCUCUUUGUGUCCUUAAAAGGCAAAACCAAAAGGCGACGGCACUUCAAACGGCUAUUAAUGCAGAACGUGUGCAACAUGACUCACGAUACCACUGUUUAAAAUAGAGCGACAUCACCAGAAUCUCUGAGUUCUGACCCAUCAAAGUUCAUCACAAUGUUAAAUCUGUGGGAUUUUUCUCCCUCCUGAUGAACAUCGUACGCCCGAUCGAUGGCUUAUGAAAGUCACGCACACCUCUCCUCAGUGAAGCACAUCAUUUGAGCCUCAUUCAUGGGUCACGAGCGGAUGAGAUACACCACAGAAAUAAACAGAAGAAGAAGAAGCCGACAGGAGAACAAUAGUGUCGCUUUACUUCACAAACACCACCGAUAAAUGAGUGUCUGUCAUACACUAGAUGUUCUUUACACACUUCUGUAUCAUUGUGUUUUGGUUGUGUUUAGAUUGUCCGGGUGUAAUGUGACUGAUGAGUGUUGUGAGAGUUUGUCUUCAUGUCUACAAUCAUCGACGUCUCUGAGAGAGCUGGACCUGAGUAACAAUGAUCUGAAGGAUUCAGGAGUGAAGCUGAUCUCUGAUGCUCUCAAGACUCACAACUGUCAACUACACACACUGAGGUUAUCAGGUUGUAUGGUGACAGAUGAAGGUUGUUGUUAUUUGGCUUCAGCUCUGAGUUCAAACCCGUCACACCUGAGAGAGCUGGAUCUGAGCUACAAUCACCCACAACACUCAGCACUUCAGCUGCUCUCUGAUAGACUCAAUGAUCCAAACUACACACUCAACACACUCAAUGUGAGUCAUGGAGGAGAGAGAAGAAUUACAGCAGGACUACACAAGUAUGCCUGUGAUCUCACACUGGAUCCAAACACAGCAAACACUGAACUCAAACUGUCUGAAGAGAACAGAAAUAUCACAGGUGUGAGAGGGCGUCAGUCGUAUCCUGAUCAUCCAGAUAGAUUUGAUCAUCGUCCUCAGGUGUUGUGUAGACAGAGUCUGACUGGACGCUGUUACUGGGAGGCUGAAUGGAGCGAAUCAGUUGUUCAUAUAUCAGUGUCAUAUAAAAGCAUCAGCAGGAAAGGAAGGAGUCGUGACAGUGUGUUUGGACUCAAUGAUAAAUCAUGGAUUCUGAUCUGCUCUGAUAACACAUUCACUGCACGUCACAAUAGUAAAGAUACAGUCAUUAAUGUCUCUUCAGUUGUGUGUAAGAGAGCAGGAGUGUAUGUGGACGAGUCGGCCGGCACUCUGUCCUUCUACAGCGUCUCUGACACACACACACUCACACACUUGCACACAUUCUACACAACAUUCACUGAACCGCUCUGUGCUGGAUUUACUGUGUUUGAGGACUCCUCAGUGUCUCUGUGUGAUUAUAAAACAGAUGGUUCUGAUCUUUGGAUCUGAUUGGUUGAGUCAUGUUGUAAAUAAUUUCAGAAACACACACCUGUGAACACAUGACAGCAGUACUGCAUGAGUCAAGAGUCAUAUUUUAUAUCAACAUCAUUACAUUUGUGUCACUGUGUUUAUUUUAUGAAACAUUUUCAUGUAUGUGAAGUAAUUGUUUUAUGAAAGAAAUAAGUUGUGUGAAGUUGUGGUUUACAGUGAAUUUAGAACAGUUAAGGGAGUUUCUGUGUUGUGUCCAAGUCCAACAAAACCUCUUAUCUGUUCUAAAUUCACUGUAAACCACAACUUCAUGAGACUUGCUUUAUUAAUAUCAUUACAGUUUAUUUUCUGUGUUAUUUUAUGAAAACCUCACGUUUAUGGAAUGACCAUUUUAUAAAAGCAAAAUAAAAAUAUUUUGUGUAAUAUUGUUACCAUAUUUUUAAGUAAAUAUCUGUGUCAUUUUGGGGGUUAUAACUUUGCAUUGUUCCUAACACCACCUCUUAGCUGUUAUAAAUUCACUGUAAACCACAAAUUUAUGAAGUUAUUCUUUUAUAACAUCUGAAAUAAAAAAUGUGUUAUGGGAUAAUGUUUGAUGAGUUUGAUUGACAUCUGUUUUAGACAAUGAGCAGGUUAUCCAGACUGUGGUCAUUUUACUUUUUUAUUUCUUAUGUAUGCUCAUGUGAACAAUAGGCCUAUGUUUACAUCUUGCCAGUUUCUUAUUAUCUACUAUAUGAUUUUUAUACUUCCUUGUGCAUUACAUAGACGUAUCAGCAGAUGUGAUACAUUUUAUGCAACAAUUUCAUAUAACCUCUGUUUCUUUGAUUCAGUUUGUUAUGUGGCUAUGAAAACUGCCUACGAAUAUUAAACAAGUGAUUCAUAAAUGUUAUUCUGUUAUGUUUUUGUGUUGGACUCCCGCAGGGGUUGACAGACUUAAAUAAAAUUGUACUUUUUUGGUAAAGUGUUUAUUUAAAAAAAUAUUCCCUUAACAGAGUAUGAAUUACACAUCUGUUCAGGCUAUAAAUUGAAUAUUGACAGAAACUACCAUGUGCAGCAAUUGACCAAUCAGAAUCGAGUAUCC